GGUAGGCGGCAACAUGGCCGCGCUGGCCCCGGUGCUGGCGGCGGCGGCCGGGCGGCUGCAGAAUGAAAGCUGUUCCAGUAGUGCAGGUGCUGGCCGACAGUUUCAGAGCUGGAAGACCAAAGCUGAACGAGCUAAGAAAGUUGAAUUCAUAAGAACUGCAGAAAAGCUAAAAGCUCAGCUUGCAAAUAUGGAAAAAGACAAAAAUGGACACCUUUAUAACAGGAAGAGUGAUUUCAGGGUAGAAUACAGAUUACUAGAAGAACUGGAACACAGCAUGACUGUCAGCAGAAAAAUGGAAAAAGCUAAAAUCCUGCAGCAGCUAUCAAAAAUACAAAACAACGUGAAGAGACUUCAGCAGCAAUUAAAAGAUGUGAAGCCUACACCAGAGUUUGUUGAAAAGAUCAAGGAAAUGAUGGAAGAAAUUGAAAAUACAAUCAAUGCUUUUAAAGAGGAACAGAGCCAAAUAUAUCAACAGCUUUUGAAAGAGGAAAAAGCUGUCAUUAAUGAGCUCAGUCUCUUUGAGAGAAAAGUGGAACUGUGGGCAUUAGGGAGCUCGACAGCAGAAAAAGUUUGGAAAUUACCAUCAGCCAGGGUCACAGUUGAUAAAACACUGGAAAAUCAUCUACCCAAAGAAGUAAUAGAGUUUGAAAGAUUUCUUCAGCGAACAGGAGGGCGGCAAGGAGGCUGGGAUGACUAUGAUCAUCAAAAUUUUCUGAAAAUACGGACAAAAUAUAGAGGAAGGCUGUCUUACAUGGAUGAAGCCCUUGAGUAUCUCAGUGGAAGAACGAAAGAAGACAUAGAACAGCAUGACAAAUGGUAUCAAGAAUAUGUAAUUUUGUAUGAAAGAAAGAAAGAGUCAAUUAAAAAGUGGAAAGAAAAGCAGCAGCAAGAAAAAGAAAGAAACUUGAAGGAGAAAGAAAAAUCAGAAAAAACGCUUAAGGAAAGAUGGCUACAGCGUGAAGAAGCUCAGAAGCAAAAAGCAGAAGAAGAAAGAAAAAGAAAACAAGCCACAGUUGAAGUCUGGAAGAAACAGAAAGUAGUAGCAUUUGCAAUAGAUCAAGCAUCACAACUAAAACUAGAAGAGAAAAUACAACAAAAAGAGCGCCAAAGCCACAUGAAAUUCCUGUUGGAAAGGAAUACCUUGCAAAAAAAAGUAAAGGAGGAACUUGAAAAGCUUGAAAAUGAGAAGAGAGAGGAAACGGAAAAGGAGGGAAGGAAGAAAAUUGCCGCAGGAGAAAUUUCUAAGUUUCAAGAGCAUGCUCUGCAUAAACUGGAGCUAAGGGUUUUACAGAAACACGCUAAAGAGAUAGAGAAACAAGAAAAAGAAAGAAGAUUGGCAAAGUUAAGAGAGAAGGUCGAGAUUCGAGUCACCAGAGACCGAUCUAGGUUGAACAGACCUUCCAAGGGCUGGGAGGAACGCAGGCAAGAGAUGGCAGCAGCAGCUGGAGAGCCCCUGCUGCGCAUUUCCCAGAGAGCCGUCCCAGCCUGGAGAGGAGGGUCGUAGCUGCACGCCAGCCUGUCCCUGUCGCAGGACGAAGCAGCAGCCGGCAUUUCCAGGGAGCCGGCACGGAGCUGGCUUGACCCGUGGCGUGUAUCACCCCUGUAUUUCUCGAGUGUCGGGUUUGACACGCCGGCUGUCAGACCGGCCGGCUGUGAUGU